ACCACUACCCCAAGGUUCUGCUAAGAAUCUCCUGCAGCUUAAACAGCGCCAGGGAACGCACCAUCACCUCGCCGCUCGGGCCCGCAAACAUGUGGCUUAAAUAUCCAGACCCUCACCUGCCCUCCGAGGAAUCCUCGCUUUCUCCCCUUCAUCAUCGAUGUGAUCUCGAUCCCCGUUUCCUGCCGUUCGUCUUUCUCAUCAUCACGUUCGUUGCCCGGUACAAUGUUCCCGUUUUCAUUUUGGAUGAUUCCCAAUUGGAGUUGGUUUUGGAUUUUCACAGCCUUGUUUCUCUUCCGCUAUGUUAGACUAUGGGUCAACCUCGUAGCGAAUUGGCUGUACAGGCCUAUCCAACCGCCUGACGAGCCUACCAUCACUUCCCAAGACAUGACUGUCAUCAUUCCUACAGUUGCCGAAAACAUCCAGCAGUUGAAGGAAACGGUGCAAACUGCAUACCGCCUCGAACCCUACGAGAUCCUCCUAGUGACGCCCGAGGCGCGCGUCAAGCGUCUCCAUCAGAUGGUCGAAGAGCUUGGGCACCCCAAGAGGAUCCAGGUGUUGUCGGUGAGCCAGGCGAACAAGCGCCGGCAGUUGUCUCGAGCCAUUCCCGAAGUGCAGACGAGGAUCACACUGCUUCUGGAUGACGAUGUGUGGCUGCCCGAGAAGUUCACGAGAUGGAUAUUGGCGCCGUUUGAGGAUGCGAGAGUGGGUGGUGUGGGUACGAACCAGUGUCUCCGCCGGAUGGACACGUCGAAUGUGUGGGAGUUUCUAGGUGCCAUCUACCUGGUUCGAAGGAACUUUGACUGCACGGCGUGCAAUUGGAUCGAUGGGAGCCUUCCAUGCCUGUCCGGACGUGCGGUCGCAUACCGUUCCGAGAUUCUGCAAGACCCGACGUUUACGUACGGCUUCACGCACGAAACGUGGGGCAGCGACCACUUUCUCAAUGCCGACGACGACAACUUCAUCACCCGCUGGCUCUUUUCCCACGAUUGGAAGAUCCAGAUCCAGAACCACCGUGAGUGCGAGGUGGAGACGACGCUGGAGAACGACGCAAAAUACCUGCGGCAAUGCCUGCGGUGGGUGCGGAGCAACUGGAGGAGCAAUUUGACCAGCCUGAGCGAGCUGCAUAUGUGGAACUAUCCAUGGUCGCUCUAUGCCGUCUUUCAGACGACCGUCACGCAAUGGGCCCUCCCCAAUGACUGCCUGCUUCUGGCCUGUUUCUAUCUGACGCUGUGCGAGGCUGGCUACUAUGACCAGCAGGCUCGCGUCGACGGCGUCGACGCAGCAGCGGAGGCCUCGAAUAAUCAUGCAUGGCAGCCGUCGUUGCUGUGGGCCCUGUUCCUCGGUCAUUUCGCCUUCUCCAAGACAGUCAAGCUUAUCCCGCAUUUGUUAAGAAACCCGGGCGACGUCCGCUUUGUGCCCGUGUCGGUUUUGUUCGGGUACUUCCACAACCUCAUCAAGCUCUAUGGCUGCAUCACCGUCACAGAGACAACCUGGGGCACUCGUGAAGGUGCGGAUGCCGACGACAACAUCAGAAUGAUUCCCAUCCCCAACAUGGCGACCAUUACGCCGCCCAUGACCCCCAAACCCCAAGGGCGCAUCCUUCGCGAGCGAGGCGCCCUCAUCCCGCUGGCCGUCAGUUGAGGAAAACGGAUCCUAGCGAGGACGAACCGCGGGAGUGUUUAUUCCCUUUUGGUCACUGAAGUCCGGCUAACUCUGGGGCCGCCGCUUGGCAUCGCGCCGAGGAGCGCGAUUUUGUACAGUACCACCAGCAGGUAAUUCAGCAACUUUGUUAGAUUGGGCGAUCGCACCCGCCGACGACCCAACAACAAGUGGCCGCAACUUGCGAGGCAGACAGGA